AGUCUCCUGUGACAUAAAAAUAAUCAUCUUUGCCACUGAGCAUGUUCAGUCAUCAUGGUGAGGCCACAUGUCACCUAAAGGUGGUCAGUUUCACUUACAUCACAAUGGGGCUUCUCAUCAGUUUCCAGCUGGCUCCGAAAGUGGGUCCCUGAAUUGUCUGGAGGCAUCCUUAGAGCUAACCACACAACCGGUUUUACUGCCUUUAUCUGAGGGAGCUGGUUACCUUGGAGACUGCUAACUUUCCUAGCAGGGGCACCUUGAUAUUAACCCUUUCAUUCUCCGACACUCCCAGAACUCUCACCCCACAGUACUUAGAUUGGGAUCUCUUGUCCACACCAGCCAAGUCACUAUGAUGAUUGUGAUGACAGAUUACUUCUGCUCUGUAAGUGUCAGGGAUAAUGCUCAUUCCCCUAUAGUUUACAAUAAUAAAGAAGUAUUCCUUGUAACAUGAGACAAUCAUUAAGAAGCAGAGUCUUGUGUUCCAGGAAUGUUAUGACAAGGGAGGGCCCCUAGCUGAGUCAUAUUUAUAGGAGAGAUCAACCUGUGGAAAUUCCACCCCGCCACACACACACCAGCUGAAACCGAGGCUGACCAACACUGCUCUGCCAUCACCACCAUGAAGGGAACCUAUGGCUUGGCUCUCCUUGCCCUGGCCACAGCCUGUUAUGCUGAUGGCAUCACACGUGGAGCUGUGGUUGACUGCAGCAGGUACCUCAGUGGUGUUAAGGGCAUGCCAACAGCAUGUCCAAGAAACUUGCUUCCAGUAUGUGGUAGCAACGAUCAGACCUACAACAAUGAGUGUUUGCUCUGUGCAGAAAAUGCGGAACGUGGGCUCAAUGUGAGGAAACUUCAUGAUGGACAAUGUAUUGACUGCAGUGGAACCAAGGCCGUUUGCACCAUGGAAUACAGUCCUCACUGUGGUUCAGAUGGGACUACUUAUGGCAACAAAUGUACCUUCUGCCUGGCAGUUCAGAAGACUCGAGGAGCUCUUUUCUUGGUCAAGAAGGAGGAGUGCUAAAAUGCCAGAUGGCUGAGCCCUGAGGGCCUUUCUGCCUUCAUUUCCCACUAUUAGUGCCUGUGUAGAUGACUGUUUUCUUCCUGAUUUGUGCUACUGGUCACCCAAAAUCAGUUCACUCAUACCAACUGCUCAUUCAAUAAAGAGUCUCCAUAAUUAUUCUGUUUAUUA